GCCACCCGCACCGUCCGUUCCCGCGCCGCGCCCACACCCCACACCCCACACCCGCGCUCGGCCGUGCUUCACAUGGCGGGCAGAGCAGAGGAGGCCAAACCCAAGCCGCCGUUCUUCUCCACCACCUGAUUCAUCUCGCCCGCGCCCAUAAAACCGACGCCCUGCGCUACAACAACCUCCAACAACCAGUGUCAGCAACAACAGUCCCCACCGCCCACAAGACCCUCAACUGAAUUCACACCACGCCGGUGCCGUAGUCUCAACCCAGCUGCUCGUGCCGGUGCCAGCGGCAGCGAGAACGAGGAGCGAUGCUGGUCAGGAGCGCGUCCACGCCGGUGCUCGGCACGCUGCACGCGGCAUCCGGGACCGGCGGCCACUCCCCGGCCGUCCACUUCGCCGAGUCCUCGCCCACGGUCGCCUACCACCCGCCGGCCAUCUCCUGCAGCCUGUCCGCCGGCGGUGGCGGCGGCUCGGGCUCGGACCACGACCGCUCCCGCGGCGGCGGCCUGCGCCGCGCGUGCUCGGACGGCAACCUCGCCGCGCUGGGCGGCCCCGCGGACGACGACCACCACCACCUGCCGCCGCGCUCCAGGCCGGCGCUCGAGACGAUCCAGUCGUUCACGGCGCGCGACGGGGCCAGGGACGAGGAGGAGGAGGAGGACGACGACGCUGACCAAGAGACGAGCUUUGGGCAGUUCGGCUUCGGCAGCACGUACGCGCAGGAGCACCCGCUGUUCCUGGCCAGGGGCCUCGGGAUCGACCGGCUGGGCUCGGGCCUGCUGAGCGCCGACUGCGGGGGCGGCAUCGACGGCGGCGCCGGGGGCAGCUACCUGGCGGCCUCCGGCGGCGGGGGAGGGGACCGCUCCGGCAUCGAGAUCCACUACAAGAGGCUCAUCGGCGAGGACCCCUGCAACGGCCUCUUCCUCAGGAACUACGCGCAGUUCCUCAACCAGGUGAAAGGGGAUCGGCGGAGGGCGGAGGAGUACUACUCCCGCGCGAUCCUGGCGGACCCCGACGACGGCGAGCUGCUGUCGGAGUACGCGAGGCUGGUGUGGGAGGUGCACGGCGACGAGGAGCGCGCGUCCAGCUACUUCGACCGGGCGGCCAGGGCCGACCCGCACAACAGCCACGUCCUCGCCGCGCAGGCCGCCUUCCUGUGGGACACGGACGACGGCGCCGGGCCCGAGGACGACGAUGCCAUGAGCUACACCGGGUUCCCGGCCGCUCACCCGUCCAUGGCUUCCGCCACGAGCUGAAAGAAAGGAACCUCGCCGCCGUGCCGUCCCUCUCUGAAGCUGACGUUGAUCGGAGCUCGUGUGGUUGCUUGCUUCAGACCUUCAGUAGCAGAUUCCCACAUUGUCCUUGUAGGCGGUCAGCGUGACUUGCAUCGGAGUCUCCGCCUUGUACUUCUGUGUCCUGGCGUUGAAAUCCUUGCAGAAGGCCAUCAGAUUGAGCCUGUAGAAACCCAGAGCUGGCCCGACAGGCGGUGCGGGGCGCGCAGCUCCAGCAGGAACUAGGAGGCGGAUUGUCGCUAGAAUAGGCUUCCGUGUUGCCACAUCUUUAAGUGUUGCCAUGUUGCUCUCCUUUAGCAGAUCUGCAGUGAAAACCGGCAUCAAUCAAUAUGACAGGUUUACUAGGAA